AAGCAAAAUGCCUCUGUAAGGACGCGCCUGUGCAUUUGCCGUGCAGUGGACGGCCGAAAAUUGUAACCAAAAAGCAUUGCAAUGGCACUCAAUCAGAACGUCGAAGAUGGAGGGCUCCGUGUGACAACCACGCAGCCUGCCCCGGAGGUGAUUCCGAAUGUGAACGUGUACCAGCAGAAGAAAACGCUGGCGCAGGGAAUGAUGGAUCUGGCCCUGCUCUCCGCCAACGCCAACCAGCUGCGGUACGUGCUGGAGACCUACGAACGUCAUCCGUAUUACAUUUUCAGCAUAGCUUUCAUCUCCAUCAGUUUGCUGGUGCAAGUUGGCGUCGGCAUCGGUCUCAUCAUGAACAGCCGAUACGAUGUGACUGAUAAGAAAGAGAUCUGUAAGGCUAACAAGAUUAACGACUACAUUACGAUCGGUAUCUUCGUGAUCACGCUCGUCAACGUGAUGAUCUCGGCGUUCGGCGUUGCACCGAAGCCAGCAUAAUAAAAUACGCAAAGUA